AUGGGAGAAUUCACCUCGAAUCGACAAAAACAAACUGUGGCUUGUAGCGGCUUCGGGAGAUACGUAUGGGCUUACAAAGCUGAAUAUGUUCGUUUACGUUUUAUAGAAAUUGAGAUUAAGGGCUACCUCGAUAGUGGUUGUCAGCUAUGUCCUGAAGGCCAGUUCUCGUCCGAGCCAGGCUCGACUGUAUGCAUCGAUUGCCUCACCGGUUCGUACACGGACAACUUGGGGACAUCGGUAUGUACGAACUGCGCGGCUGGGAAGUACCAACAGGACAGCGGAAGCACAGUCUGCCAUAACUGCGCGGCGGGCACGGUCUCGUUCGUCUUGGGUGCGAGCGCGUGCAGCAACUGCGCCGUGGGACAGAAGCAGGCGAGCGCGGGACAGGCCGUCUGUGAUCUGUGUGAGGCGGGGACUUACCAGGGGAGUACAGCCUCAACGAACUGCCUGCUGUGCCCGCUGGGGAAGUACAAUUGGGAUACAGGUCAGUCUACUUGCCUGGACUGCUGGGAGGGUACGUGGAGCUUCAUCAUGGGGAGUACCACCUGUGAGUACUGCUACGCUAAUAUGGUGUCUUUGUCUACGGGAGAGCAGGGCUGCCCUCUUGGCUACUACCAGCUGAGCUGCGGCCCGGAUACCUACUCGCAGGACAUGUGUCUGAGCUGCACCUCAACCAACUUCCUGACUGACCGGUCGGCCUGCACGCUGGCCUGCAAGCCGGGCUUCUACAUCGCGGCGGGCGCGGGCUACUGCCCCUCGUGCCCCGAUGGCGAAUGGUACGGGUGCCUUACGUGCCCCGCGGGGAAGUAUAGCCCUUCCCUCACCUCCAUUACCCCGUCGGUGUCUACCGUCAUCCCAGAGGGCUGCAUCGACUGCCCCGCCGGCACCUACCAGCUCAUGACGGGGGCAUCCUUCUGCUUCAAUUGCCCUCUCGGCUUCACAUCCUCCAAUGGGGUGACGCCGUGCUCUGCCUGCAGGAUUGGUACAUACCAACCCACGAACGACGGUGGGCUGUGCCUGCCCUGCCCGUCGGGGAGAUCGUCCGGGAUCGCAGCGCACUGUUGCGAUGGCUACGUGUGGGUCAGCAACGGGGUGUGCAAGCCGUGCCCUGCAGGGACAUACCAGGACGGCAACCAGUGCAUUGCCUGCGGCCCGAACCGCUGGAACCGCGCGGCCUUUGCUGUCUCGGACCCCGACCGCUGUGCCUGCGCGCCUGGGUACUACCUCUCUGGGUCGAGCUGCGUUGCGUGCGGCCCGAACACUUUCAAGCAGGACGCCAGCACGCGGGGGCCGAUAGUGACCGCGAUGGGUUCUUGCACGGCGACCGCGGUGGCGGUGGGGUCAAAGAUUGUGAUCCAGGGAGGGACGGACUCGAGUUUUUCGACAUGUGCAGUUGAGAUUGAGACGCAUUCGAACAUUCUGCUGUAUGCCUCGAGCUUUACAGCCGCUUUUUUGGAAACCCUCGAGGUGCUUGGUUCGGAGUGCAACGACUGCUUGACAUGCGAAAGCUUCUACACCCUCUACUCCCAUACAGGCUCCGGGUCUUGGUCGUACAGCAUCACCAUGAACCUCAUCGAUGCUCAAUGCUUCCGUAUCAUCGGACGGAAUCCUUCUGGACAGAUAUCCCCCUGGACCAUCGAUAUGCUUAUGGGAAGCGUGUGUAACCCGUGCCUUGACAACACCGUCUCUCCAGCCGCCACCACGGAUCCCGCGCUCUGCUCUUGCAAUGCGGGCUACACCACAGGGAGCACAUCCUUCCGGGACGUGAUGCAAGGAACUUCCAACACGCUACGUAACAUCCUGCAGGUAAGGAUGGGUUCUGGGAUGUGCGGGACGCUGAACCUGGUCGGUGGAUUCCUUUCCUUCGGCUUCACGGACGCGCUAGUGUACUCCAUCGGGCUCCCCGUGCACGACAGCCUCAUGCUUAGGGUUGGGGUGGUAUUCAUUGACCUGUGGUCGGGGCAAAAACUCCAUAUUCUCACCAACAACAACCUACGGGUCACCUACGUCAUGUACACCGGGAUGGAUGCGAACCUCUGCGGUGAUCCAGCUAUUGGAGACCGCGAGGUAUUCUUCUCCAUCAGCAUCGACGAUUCCCAUUCAGUGUUGAAUCUUACUUUGGUGCUGGACCAGACCUCCGGCAGUGGGAGAACUGACCGACUAUGGUGGGGAGUGUCGGAAAUUUCGAUUCACGUUAGCCACCUAACUUGCACGGCCUGCAGCCCCGGAACGUUCAAGACGCUGAUCGGGUCUGGGGUUUGCAGCCUCUGUCCAAAUGGAAUGACAAGCCCCUUAGCCUCAACCUUAUCUUCGGAUUGUAUCUGUAUGGCUGGGCACAGCUUUAUCGCCUCGAUGUGCCAACCCUGCCUGCAGCACUUCUACGAUAUUGGCGGGGCCUGUGUGCCUUGCCCGCAGGGCACAGAGAACGCGCUGAUCGGGCAGACAUCCUGUGUCCCUUGCGGUAAUGGCUUCUUCAAGCAGUUGGCCGUGCCUAUGGCUUGUAUACCCUGCCCACAGGGCUACACCACCAACGGGACGGGGGCUGCUGAGUGCUUCUCAAUCAUCCAGUCUACACUGAAUAGCCUGUUGCUUCCACCGUCUUGUCCCGCGAUGCAGCGCGCCUCUCGUGGCGGUAGCGGACAGCACAAUCUAUGUACUCAGCCGUUACUCUUCUGGGACGCUCUCGGUGAUACCCAUCAGUACGGGGUGGCCAACUCUCCCGUGUCGACGACGUUCAACACGGGUUCAGCCAUGCUGGUGUGGAAUUCCAUCUUCUUUGUGUUCGAAACCUCCGGGACGGAACUCACAAGGACAAAUCUGACGACAGGAACCAAGUCCUCGGUGGCCGGCAGCUCUACCCUCGGCACUCAGGAUGGGACUGGGGCCGCGGCCAGGUUCCAGGGUGUGUUCUACAUGGAUAUUGCCCCGGAUGGGACGAGGAUCGUGGCGCUGCAGACCGGGCUGGCGGGCAUCCGGUCGGUGGUUCCGUCAACACGGGUUGUUUCUACCUACACCCUUAGCUUCAUCCCCACCGCCAUAACCGUACUCUCUGACGGGGCGCACGUGUGGGUACUGUCCUCCACGGAGCUGUUCCUGGUCGCUCUGUACGAAACCGCUUCGGAGUACAAGAUGCCGCUGAGGUACGAGGCAGUGGACUUCUUGCUGUCUACUCCGAUUGGGGUUAUCGCGCUGGGGACACAGGCCGGGGUGGUGGUGGUGCAGAAUGACGGGACUGUCUUUGAGCUGAAUGCCAUGUCGGAGUCCGUGAAGGAGGUUGCGACGCUAUCCCCUCCGGGCUCCUUCGCAGUGGAUACCACCCGGAACCACCUCGUCCUGUACUCCGCGAUCCCAUCCGGCUCCGGCGGCACGGUGCGGUUCUCGGCGCUGCAGCUCGGCUUCUGCAGACCAUGCCCCGAUGGCUACGUGUCCCAACCCGGCUCGGAAUCUUCCAUGGACUGCUACACUCCGUCAUGUGUAGUGGAGGAUGCAUAUCCCAUUAGAAUGGAGAUCGACAGCCAACCGGUGCUAGAUUCGAGUGGUAUACAGAUGGGUGUGUUUUUCUUCUAUCCCUACUGCCGCUGUAAACCCGGCUUUGUCGGCAACGCGCAGGAUGGCUGUGUCUCUUGCCCUACUAACACCUACAGUACGGGAAAAUCGGACCUUCCAAUGGAUAUGACUUUCUGUACACCAUGCCCUCUGGGAAGCUACUCCCCGGAGAUGAGCAUAAGCGUUGCCGCUUGUAUCUUUCCGUCGUGCAAGGUCACUGGGUCGGUAUCCACCAGCAUCGUGCUUUUUGAUGACGCCACAGGAAAGGCCUACCUAUCCUGCGUGUGUCCGGCGGGGUUCAUAGGGAGUCCAGACAAGGGGGUGGCCUGCCAGCCCUGCUCACCUGGGACCUACGCAGAUAGUAUCCUGAAUCAGUGCCGUCCCUGCGCGGAUAACAGCACCUCCUUCGCCGCGGCGGCGACUUGCUAUUGCCUGGUUAAUUACAUUCCUUUCCCUGUCCCUCCCUCGGAUGAGUCACUCCCAGUGGUGUACACGGGUCUGAUCACCGGGGAUGGAUCAGACCGGUGUGUGCUGAGGUCGGACCUUGUGUUAGGCUCUUACUACAUCUGCAACCAGCUCUGUUUUCUGCUGCCCUCUGCAGAGUGCACGGGUCCGGCAGAGUACCUGGCGAGCUACGGUACGCUGACCUGCAGCUGCAUUGAUGGUUACCGCAGGGUGGACGGAGAAUGCGUCCCUGAGAUGGCAGAGUGUCCAGAGGGGUACUCUACCAUAGCAAUCAAUGAGACUCACAUUAUAUGCAAGUGCCCGGAUAACACCUCGACGUACUACCGGGAGCAGCCCUGCACGGCGUCCUUCACGAUCCAGCAGCCCUGCCCUCGGGCGCUGGUGUCGGGGCCGGGGUUCUUCAACCUCGACCAGUGCAAGUGCCGGGAUGGGUACGUCGAAGUUGAGGGAGAUUGCGUCCCGUGCCCUGAAGACACCUACCAGAUCGGGAACCAGUGCGUGCAGUGCAGCUCGGACCAGAUCGCCCCGAACGCCUCCACCUUCUGCCGCUGCAAGCUGGGAUUCGAGAGCCUGGGAGAAGGCUGCACUGCCUGUCCGAUAGGCUUUUUCCGCCAGCUCACGACGGAGCUUCUCUGUAGUCGCUGCCCGGAGUUGACCACCACGCUGCAGACCCAAUCCGUCUCCAUCGACCAGUGUGUGUGCAAUCCGGGCUAUUCCCUCGCACCGACCUCCACUUCUUCCGUUCCGCGCUGCACGGCCUGCCCGGCCGGGACCUACCAGAACGGCACCAAUGGGCCGUGUAUCACGUGUCCCUAUAACUCUUUCAGUUUUCCUGCCUCCUCCAGCGUCUUCGCCUGCGCCUGCUUCAAGGGUUUCUUGAACUCAAUGAGCGAAUGCACGGAAUGCGCGGCGAGCUAUUACUUUGACGGAGCAGCCUGCUCGGAGUGCCCGACUGGGAGCACGAGCGUGGCGCAGAGCAAGGGGGUCGAAUCGUGCCUGUGCGACCGGGGCUACAGCGGGACGUUCGGGUCAAACUGCGUGCAGUGCUCUCCAGGGGCUUACAAGGACUUCGUGGGAUCGGAUGACUGCACGGCCUGCCCACCCCUCUCCCGCUCCCUCGUCCAUGGCGCCAAGGACGUCUCCCAGUGCUUCUGUGUUGAAGGCCACGAAGGCACGGGCGGAGAUGUCUGCUCCCCCUGCAGGUUGGGGUUCUACAAGCCUGUCGUCGCAGCAGAGAGGUGCUUACCAUGCCCUUCCAAUUCGAAUACUUCCACAACGGGCGCCACGUCUAUCUCUGCCUGUGCCUGUUACCCUGGCUUCCUCCCCCGGUUGGGAGCGGCCAGCCUCAUCUGCGAUCCGUGUGAGGUGGGCAAGUAUGGUGAAUCCUGCCAGUCCUGCCCUGCCAACUCGGACACGCUCGACCGGGGGACGCGGGACAUCACUGGCUGCCUGUGCAACCCAGGGUACGAGCCCGACGAGGAGCUGACCACUUGCGUACCGUGCCCUCCGAACACCUACAAAGGCUACAUCGGGAACGACACCUGCGCCGUCUGCCCACAGGCCUCUGUGACGGCAUCUCCUGGGGCCAACUCCGUCUCCGACUGUCUCUGCAACGUCUCUACCAACUCCACCACGGGAUCCACGCCCUGUUUCCCCUGCCCGGCUGACACCUACUCCGACUCGAUCGGGUCGGUGGUCUGCACGCCCUGCCCGGAUCUUACCACUGGGCCUAACGGCAGCGCCUCCAUCACCAACUGCGUCGCCAGGCCCGGGUACUUCAUGUCAUCGACGACUCCGCCGGGCAGGCGCCUGCUGAGCAGUAACGGGUUGUACUUCAUCGUGGAGUGCCCGGAAGGCACCUACAGCGACGUCGCUGGGCUCUUAGCCUGUAAGAGCUGUCCGAUUCUCAUGUCAUCCCCCGCCGCCGCCGACUCCGUCGCUCUGUGCUACUGCCCGGUGGGCUACUACGGCGCCAACGGUGGGAUCUGCGUGCCCUGCGAUGUGGGCUUCUUUAUGGACAGGGCAGGGUCGACUUCUUGUCUCAGGUGUCCCUUCAAUUACAUCACUGAAUCGAUAGGGUCUACAAGCAUAGAAGACUGCACUUGUCCAGAAGGUUACUACCAGGACAUGUCAGCUCCCGGGGUGAUCGUGUUUGGAAGACCGUUGGAGAGGAUUUGCCGUGCGUGUGAUUUCGGUACUUACAAGGAAGAACCAGGUCCGCAGGAGUGUAGUGAUUGUGAUUCUUAUAAGACUACCAGAAGGCAAGGAAGUGUCUCCCGCUUCAACUGCUCCUGCGCCUCAGGCUUCUACGACACGGGCAACCGGUCCUGCGUGGCCUGCCCGGUCUCUACCGUCUCGUCUCUCAACCUCUUUGGGUCUUGUUCCUUCUGCCCGGCCAACAUGAUCAAGCUGCAGAACCAAACCGAUGGGGUGGAGUACUGCGCUUGUGACCGGGGCUACGAGAUGACGGGAGGGAUCUGUAGCGCCUGCGUUGCUGGGAAGUACAAGGACAUGUACGGGGAUGACCCUUGCCUUCCCUGCCCCACCGGCGCCACGAGCUUCGUCGCCUCCAUCUCCCGGUCGCAGUGCACGUGUGUGGGGUUGGGUGUGGAGAUCGACGGUAUGUGCGUCGUUUGCCCUGCCCAGCCCGUCCAGUGCCCCGUGAACCGCACUUCGCUACCGGGGGCAGCCACCAUCCAUCAGUGUGUCUGUAAGCCCGGUAUGCGCGAGACGAGCGAUGGGACCUGUGUCACAUGCGAUGGUCAAAUAAAUAGUUGCCCUCUUGGGAUGACGUCAUCACCACAAUCGACCAGCAUCAACGAUUGUGUCUGCAAGCAGAAUUACUUCAAAAAUGGCAGGGAUCCAGGCACGGGAAACUGGAUCUGCUCACCCUGCCCAGGUAACAGCUACUCUGCCCUCAACAGCACUUCAUGCGUAUGCAUGCAGGGUACCUUUGACGGGAAUUUCAGCACCUGUGUGAUGUGCGGCCCUGGGUUUGUCUAUUCUUUGAACACUUCGACUUGCCAGGAUGUCAACGAGUGCUUGGACGCUUCUCUCUGCCCGGCCAACUCCACCUGCAUCAACACCUAUGGGAGAUACAAGUGCACCUGCCCCGUUGGCUACUACGACAUGUCGGUUGGCUGCGCGCCCUGCCCUCCCGGCAUGUCCUCCCCCCUGGGAUCCACCAACCUCACGGAUUGCUACUGCCCCCUUGGCUUUUCCCCGAAUGCUGACUAUGAGAGCUGUGAGCCCUGCGCGGCCGGGACGUACUACAGCGAGAGGUACAAGGACUGCAUACCCUGUUCUACCCACUCCGCCUCCUCGGAAGAUGCAAGAAAGUGCGUGUGCGAUGACGGUUAUGUGGGAUUCUUUGAAGUUUCUGUCUCAUUUGGAGCUGUACAGAUCGAUACGGAAGACUGUAGUCUGACGGUGAUCAGUGCAACCACGGUGGUGUACCCAGGGAUCAUCCAGGGUGGCGCCUGCUAUCUCCGAUUCUUGCAGUUGACGGUGUCCUCGGGUGUCUUACUGAAUGUCAUUGGAAGUGGCAUACCCCUGGCAAUCCAUUCAGAUUACCCGCUCCUGAUUGGUACCCCGAUUGACCUAAGCGGGCUGGGCUACAGUGGAGGCCAAGCGGGGGCAGCUGGGAACGGCCCCGGUGGCGGGACGGCGGCGAGCCCCUGCUGGUACGGAGGCUCUGGCGGCAGCCACGGUGGCUACGGCGGGGAUGGGUCGUUCUCGGCACCCAACCCGGUCGGGAACGUCGAUGUCCUGUCUGAGGUAACAGGAGAUAUCACCACCAACGGAGUCAACAGCGGGUCAUACCAGAGUGAAAACGCCCUGAGAGUGGGAGGGGCGGCAGCGGUGGGGACCAUCUCCGCCAACGGGGGAAGCGCCGACGUAUCGAAUAGGCAGGGUGGUGGGGGUUCGGGAGGAAGGAUAGCGAUCCUUGGGGGGUACGUGUCAUUUCCAGCAAGAUACGGCACGGUGUACUACGACGAGUAUCUCGACCCGACGUUCCUCCCCGCCAUGGCCUGCAAGGUCUGCGCUGCGGGCUCGUACCUCGACGCGGGCGUGUGCAGGGCAUGCCCUGAUGGGUCCACUUCACUCCUCGGUAGCAAUUCGCUUUCCAGUUGCAUCUGCGAAAAGGGCUACACCCUCCAGGGUGCUUCCUGCAGCCAGUGCAUCACAGGAACCUUUAAGAACACCUCUGGGAAUGUGCCCUGUGAUGCCUGUGCGGCGGGGGCGAGCACGGCCUUCCAGGGCUCCGUAUAUCGCUGGGACUGUGCCUGCCCCCCUGGGAGCUACGGGGAUGGUGUCUCCCUCUGCACCCCCUGUCCUGCAGGCGAGUACAACCCUUACUCCAACCAGACGGCCUGUCUCACGUGCCCCGUCCCCACCACGACGCUGUCGGAGGGCACGACGGGUAUCGCGGGGUGCGUCUGCCCCAAGGGCUACUCCAGGCUCGCCAACGGGCUCUGCUCCCCCUGCUCUCCGGGCACGUACAAGGACACUGCCGGGAACGAGGCCUGUGCGUUGUGCCCGGUGGGGAGGGACUCGGACGUGUUUGGAGGGGAUUCGGUAGAUUCGUGCUACUGCCUGCCGGGUUACACGAGUGCAAACUGCGAUCCUUGCGGAGUUGGGUUCUACAAAACAACCACAGGUCCGGGUCUCUGUACGGCCUGCCCCGCCGGCUACUUCCAACCCGCGGAAGUGGCAGUCUCUCCGACGCGCUGCCUUCCGUGCUCCCUGGGGUUCUAUUCGGACAUUGUAGGCUCUGGUUCUCCGUGUACGGCCUGCAGGACGAAUACCUUCUCCGAUCAGCUGGCUUCCACUUCAUGCACCCCUUGCCACGGCAACAGCUCAUCCUCGCUGGCGACUAUCAGUCGGAGCCGCUGCCUCUGCAACCCGGGAUACUUCCCCGACGUGCCGGGGUCGUGUGCGCCCUGCCCCCCUGGGACCUUCAAGAGUGGGCUGGGUAACUUUGCCUGCGAGCCCUGCUCCGCUGGGAGCUACUCCGAAGCCGCAGCCUCCCUCGCUUGCACGGCCUGCCCUCCCCAGUCCUGGGUCGAGUCGGGGGCGACCAGCCGGUCCCUCUGUCACUGCCUCCCUGGUUAUACCCCUACAAAUGGAUCAUGCCAAGCAUGUGCAGCAGGAAGUUACAAGCGGUUGAUCUCCAAUGACGCGUGUGUCUUCUGCCCAGAGGACAAGUACCUCCCCAUCACUGGAGCGACAAAUGCAAGCCAGUGCUUCCCCUGCCCUCCCAAUUCAGUCUCCCCGAAAGGUAGUUCCGUCAUCUCCGACUGCAUCUGCAAUGGUGGCUUCCAGAGGGUACAGGAUAGUUGCCUAGAAUGCGGAGCAGGGCAGUAUUCCCCGGUCCCAGGUCAGUGUGUGAAGUGCCCACCCGAUACCUUCACUUCGAUAUCCAUAGCAAGCUCCGUCGUGUCCUGUGAACCCUGUCCUCUCAACACUUUCUCCCCAGAAGGCUCUUCCAGUGUUUCCUUCUGCACCUGCCUCCCUGGUUUCACCGCUUCAACCGACGGGAUCGCCUGCUCUCCAUGCCCGGCGGGGACUUACAAGUCACUCCCAGGGCCUCUGCAGUGCAUCCCCUGUGUUCAAGGAACGUACUCCUCCGCUCUCAACUCCAGCAGCCAGCAGCUCUGCCGGUCGUGCCGUGCCCAGUCUACCACUCUGACAUCCGGAUCUCCAGACCCUGACUCCUGCCUCUGCCUGCCUGGCUUCGAGCCCGACGGCUUCGGGGCGUGCCAGCCCUGCCAGGUUGGCUUCUACAAGCCCUCCAUCGCCAGUGCGGCCUGCUCGGCCUGCCUGGCAAACACCUUCAACGCCGACCGCGGGAGCACAUCACUCGAAUCCUGCAAGCCAUGUGCCAAUUUCUCGGUAAGCGACCCGGGCAGCACUUCCUGCACCUGUAUUGCAGGAUUCUACCGGAGCUACAGCACCGAGGUAAGCUUCUGCGUGCCCUGCCCGAACGGGACCUUCUACAACGCCUCCGGCAUGUGCGAGGACUGCCCGCUCGGGAGCUACACAGACGUUCCAAACCAGACAGAGGCCUGCACACCCUGCCCUGUCAAUUCAUACACUCUCCAGACCCGCUCGAACAGCUCCCUCCUGUGCUACUGCGAGCCUGGUUAUGCGAGAGUCUCCAAGACGGAAUGCAGGGCCUGCGCACCAGGGAGCUUCCGCCCCGAUAGCUCCGCGCCUGGCAAGCCCUGCAACAUUUGUCCCAUCAAUACUUACUUACCAGAGACAGCCUCACUGGGGCCCUGCAUCCGCUGCAUGAAUCACACGACCACGCUAGGCCUUACGGGAAGGUCCAGUGCCAGGGACUGCGUCUGCAACCCAGGGUACUACGGCAGCGGCGACGCGUCUUGCGAUGACUGCCCCGCCGGCUCCUACUGCCCCGGUGGCAUCCACGCGUUCCCUUGUCAGUUCGGGUCCUCCUCUCCCACGCUAUCCACCAACGCCUCCGCCUGCGUCUGCAUCCCGGGAUACUACAACCGCAACGGGGUCUGUCUGAUAUGCCCACCCAACCACUUCUGUGCGGGCGGUGACAGCAUCUUACCCUGCGCAAACAACUCCUUCUCAUCGGAAGGGUCGGUCUCUUCCGACAACUGCACCUGCCGCCUCGGGUACCUUCAGAGCUUCGUCGUGUGCCCAUCUGGGUACUACCGGGUAGGCACGGACGAAUGCACCCCUUGUCCUGUGGGUACCGAGAGCGUCACCGGGUGCGGCUGCCUGGAGGGGUACGUGCCAGUGCCCGGGGGGUGUGUGGUUUGCCAGAACGCCAUCCGGGUUGUUGCCUGCCCCGCCCCGUUCCCCUUCUCCCCCGCAGGCUCCACCUCCGUCUCCCAGUGCACCGCAAGCUCCUUUUGA